CACUGUCGUCACGUGAUCAGGUUAGUUUACGAAGCCGAAAUCAGCCACCCAGAUCCGCGAUGAUAGAGUAAAAUUGUCGUGAUCUGUUGGGAAAAUCUGUCAGACAGAACCAUGACUGCCAAGCGACCCUCUGCGGUAUGGCUCACUUAAACGAGUUGACUCUUUUCAAGAUUUUCAUUGUCUCAUGUCUGUCGGUGACACAUUUAUUGGGACGCUACAGCCGAUCAGUGUGGAAGCGGACAGAGACAAAGGGAAAGGCUUUCCAUAGCUAGAAUGCUCUGGGCCUAAGAGAAGCCAAGAGGUCAAUGGUUUGCUCCGCAGACAGACUGUAGCCGCCCCUAAGUCAGAAUUAUCUCAACUCCCAGGAAAUACAGCAGCGACGAUUGAAGUGUGAAAGCUGUCGAUCAAGAAACCGCAUCAAAGUGGACAGUACUAAACAAGAAGGACCUGUAGCUGAAAAGCACCAUCGAGUUGUCUGGGAUUUUCUGUCAAUCCUCUUCCAAUGGUUCAUUGGUUGAGGCCAUGGCCUCUCAGUCAGGCAACAUGAACCGUGAAGACCGGAAUGUGCUCCGUAUGAAAGAAAGGGAAAGGAGAAAUCAGGAAAUCCCUCAGGGAGGAGAGGUCUUCCCAGCUAACUCCCCCCUCUUCCCUGAACCUAUUAAAGUUUCCAAGGAAGAUAAACUUGCAAGUCGCAUCCAGAGCAUGCUUGGAAACUACGACGAAAUGAAGGAAACCAUCGGCGAACCCCCAUUGUCCAAACUCAUUCCCAAAGCCUCCAAUAGUUCUUCUGAAGAGAAGUCUGCUCAGUACAGCGACCAGCGCGGUGGUUCCCAGAGCCAGAACAGCAAAUGGAAUCCCGUCGGCCCGGCACCCGGAGCUUCGUCCUCCUCUUCCUCAUCGUGUUCUUCCUCCUCAACAUCCUCCUCCUCGCAGAAACGCUCGUCCUUGCAAGGCGGGCACGGCGGUAGCCAGCGUAGCGGUCAGCGCCACGAGCGAGACCACAGCGGUGGAAGUAAGAAGUCCAGCAAGCACAGCUCCGAGCACAAGUCCCACUCCACCUCCAGUCCGGCAAAGAGCUCCGUGAGCUCCGGCAGCCACUCGCGCUCGCUGGCGGCCGAUCACAAGGAGCGUUACCGCAAGUCUCCGAGAGACCGGGAAGCCAACUGGGACUCACCCUCAAGGAUGCAUUCUUUUUCCAGCGGGCAACAUUCCAGCCAGGCUUUCCCGCCCUCAAUCAUUAAGCCCAGCUCUAUGAUUCAGAAACCCACCGCCUAUGUGCGGCCCAUGGACGGUCAGGAGACCGCUGAGCCCAAGACUUCCUCAGAGUCUUACGGCAGUCAAUCACACAGUAGCUCGGUAGGAGAAAUGAAGCCCAACGGCAAGGCUUCUCUCACCAAGUUGAAGAUUCCAACACAGCCCGUAGAUGGUUCAAUGGGAGGAGAUGCAAGCUGUGUGGAUGAGAUUUUGAAGGAAAUGACUCAGGUCUGGCCUCCUCCACUAACAGCCAUUCACACCCCCUGCAAGACAGAACCUUCAAAGUUUCCCUUUUCCACCUCCAAGGAUGCCCAACACCUGUCUUUUGGGGCUCACAAGAAAAUCUCAGGGAAGAGCGCAUCCACCAGUCACACAUCUAAGCCAUGCGACGGUGAACAGUCCAACACGCUGCACGAAGACCUGAAGCUCAGCAGCAGUGAAGACAGCGAUGGAGAAGAUCCAGCCAAAGCCGCUUCCAGAAACACCUCAGCAAGUAACAACAGUAAUAACAGCGAGGCUGCCGAGCGAGAAGACACCAGCAGUCACAGCGGCUCGGAGAGCAGCUCCGGUUCUGACAGCGAGAGCGAGAGCAGCUCUACAGACAGCGAGACCAAUGAACCGCCUCGCGCCGCCUCACCUGAGCGUGAACAGCCCACAGCUAACAAAUGGCAGCUGGACAACUGGUUCAAGAAAGUCAACAAGUCAUCCCCUGCGUCUCCGGUGGAGAACACCAGCACAACACCAACCAAGUACAAAAAAGAGGGACGGGAGACCGGCUCGAGUAGGAACUAUAGCGGCCCGGGUUCCAAAGACCCGACCCCCGCCACCGGACGAGACUUGCGGCCCACCCAGAAGGGCUCAGAGGGCAGCCAAGGCCGUCAGAAGUCCCCCGCCCAGAGAGAGGGCGGAAGUCAGAUCGGACGGCGGGUGGUGGGCAAAAAGCAGCCCAAGAACUCUGAGAAGCCGCCUGUGGUGGAAGAGCCCAAGGGCGGGCUGAAAGUGGAGACCGAGCCGUCGCCAGAGAUCCCUUCACACAGGGCCCGUGCGGCCAACAAGGGGCCCCGCAAACCCAACAUCAAAAAGGAGCCCAAAACCUCUUCCCCUCGCCCUGCGCCUGACAAACGCAAGAGCAAAACGCCCGGCAAGACGCAGCAGAAGUCCCGUGAGUUUGUGGAAUCAGACUCAUCGUCUUCGGACUCUGAGGGCAACGAAAGUGUGCCUUCUUCUUCGCAGACACCGAGAGAGCAAUACGUGGAAAACCCGUCUGUGCUGUUCUCACCCAUGCUUUCACCACUGAGCGACCCAGAAGAGAGGCUGCCGCCCAGACUCCUAGUUCAGAUAGACCUCAACCUGCUGUCCAGAGUGCCCGGGAGGCUUUUCAAGGACGCAGAGGUGAAAGUGGAGCGGGACUCUCCCAUGGAAGUAAAGGACUUCCAGAAGCAGUCUGGAGAAAAGGGGGCCAGCAAGCCCAAGAGGAAACACAAGAAUGAUGAUGAUGGUGUCAAGCCAGACAGUAAGAAGUCCAAGCUGGAGGAGAAGUCAUCGCAUAAAUCAAGCAGUAAAGAGUCAUCUAAGCGUCCUCAAGAGAAAGAUUCCGCUCCCUCUCCCUCCAUCACACUGCAGCGGACGCCCAAGCCGAGUCACAAGCGGACGCUGAGCCAGUCCUCCACCUCUGUACCCAGCAGCAAAGACAGCAGUAAAAGCAGCUCCAAACGCCGCAAAGGCGAAGACAAACCUGUACGCAGGGAUGCUAAGGAGAAAAGUAAAAUGGAGAAUCCUGUCACAGCACCAGCCCUCACCGAUGGAUCAAAGUCUAGAUCCAAACUCCUGUUUGAGGACAGGGUUCAUUCUGCUGAUCAUUACCUACAAGAAGCGAAGAAACUGAAACACAACGCAGAUGCUCUGAUGGACAGGUUCGAGAAGGCUGUGUACUAUCUUGAUGCCGUGGUGUCUUUCAUUGAAUGUGGAAACGCCCUGGAGAAAAGUGCCCAGGAGGCCAAGUCUCCCUUCCCCAUGUAUGCUGAGACCGUGGAGCUCAUCAAGUACACUAUGAAACUAAAGAGCUACAUGGCUCCAGACGCAACCUCUGCGGAUAAAAGACUAGCAGUACUGUGUCUGAGAUGUCAGGCUUUACUUUAUCUGAGGCUGUUCAAACUACGGAAAGAAAGUGCACUAAAAUACUCUAAGACGCUUACUGAACACUUGAAGAAUUCGUUGAGUAAUACCCAAGCACAAUCUCCUGGAGUAGCAAAUAAAACGGCUGGAAUGCCAUCUCCGGUGUCUCCUAAGCUCUCUCCGGGCAACGCCAGCAGCUACUCUUCCAGCGGCUCCAGUCAGAGCGCCAGCUCCUCGGUCACCAUCCCUCAGCGCAUCCACCAGAUGGCAGCCAGCUACGUUCAGGUCACCUCAAACUUCCUCUACGCCACAGAGGUGUGGGACCAGGCCGAGCAGCUCGCCAAAGAGCAGAAAGAGUUUUUUGCUGAACUGGAUAAGGUUAUGAGCCCGCUCAUCUUCAACACCAGCAGUAUGACUGAACUGGUCCGGUUCACGCGGCAGGGCCUGCACUGGCUGCGACUCGACGCCAAGCUCAUACAGUAGAGCGUUCUCCGAGCGCCCUCUCUGGCCACGUGCUUAUCCGUAGCCCUCUCUAUGCCUACGCAAAACACUCACACACUUUAUCUGCCUCAGAAAUCUCUGUGACACUGUGUUCAUUUAUACACCAGCUUGCCAAACCUAAAAACACUCAGCGCCCACUUCUCCGGGACAGACCCUAUGAAUUUUCACAAGAGGAGAGAGGUCAGCGGAACAUUCACACACUGCAUUUUCUGCUUCAUAUCGUUGGCUUGUUGUCAGACAGAAAAGCCAUCUUUCUCACUUCUUACUUUGCCUGUGGUGUAUUUUGGUCUUUCUCUUCCCCUGAUUCUUUUUCUAUCUUCAUUUUCUAGCUGUGCGCAAACAAAAUAAUGAUUUGGAAGUUUAUAGUUUUUUAUUUAAACCAAAGUACCUCCCUUUAACCAAAGGUGCUUUAAGAAUGAGGUUGUCUCCUUUUAUCGUUAUUUUAUCGUGCCUUGUAUUUGAUAUACAGGAAACUAAGAGAUACAGUAUCAUGAAAUGCACAUCUCGAAAAGUUUGACACGGGGCGGGAGUUGAGGCGUUUGGCAGGGACAUAUGGCCCUGGGCGGAGGUGUGGAUUGCCAAAGCGUUUUUCGUGAAAUAUGAAGAGAAUAGCAUAUUUGAUAUCAUCAAGUCAUAUUGGCUAUGUUGAACGAUGAAAUGUUUUUUUCCUUGAUGGUAAUUCCGUCUUGUUGCAUACGAGACCAAAAGGCUGUAAAACACCAUAUCAAAGCAUUAUAAUUCCUAACGUGUUUUCUUUUUUUUUUUUCGCCUGGCUCAUUCACCUCUUUUUUUCUCAUCAUCAUGUUUUUGCCAGAAGCCGACAGGCAGUUAAAUCGUUGUUACACCCUGUUGGAUUUUCUAUACGUCAGUACCACAGUUGCCCAGGCCAUGAGUUUUAAUACGAAAUGUAGCACUCGCGCAUAGAUUUUCUGGUAUUAAACGCAGGAGUAUUUUAUUACCGUGGCUGACUCGCUCGGCCUAAUAGAAAUUUUAUUUAGGUAACUGCAGUUCGCUUCGUCGCAUUUCACUCGGCAUGGAUACAGGGUUGCAAUACCAGAUGAGAGACGUAUUCUAUUGUAUAUGAAAAUAUCAUAUUUAAAUAUUUAAUGUGAGUCUUGAGGUUGCCUCUAUAGUGUCAUAGUCACCUGUGUGUUGCAGUUCUUUUAAAGAAAUAAGUCACGUAAGGAUAUAUUUAUAAUGCGUUCUGUCGAUAAUCGUGGUUUAUACAUGUACAUAUUACAUUACGUGAUUUUAGCGCAGACUCUCUCACCACCCAUACGCAUUGCUCCACGUAGGUCAACUGUUGCAGAAAAUCGGAUUGAAACCUGCGAGCAAUUUCACAAUAAAACAGAAAGAGGAUAAAGAGAAAUACAAAUGUAUUAAAUGCUGGAAUUAUGUCGUCUCUUGCACUAGAAUCUGUCCUCUCAUUGGCUCCCUGUUUUGUCUGUAGGGAUGAACUGUUUUUUCGUCUAUGCAGAUGUUUCUUAGUCUUCUUGAGUUUGUCUGUGCAGUAGCUUAAAACAAGGACUCUUAAGAUUUCAUCAGAUGAAAUAAUAAUGUCUCGCAUCUGGAGGACCUAGAUUUAUCGCCAGUGGGCUUGGAAUUGUAGUAGCCUCUGCCUUGCAGAAUAUUUUCAGAAUUGAUUUCGAUUGCUAACAGGAGUCAAAUAAGUAUCUUACGGGGCAGGGAUUUGUUACCUGUGCUUUUAUGUAAAUGAAUUCAUGCACUAAUGUGAUUUUAUGUACUGGAAUCAUGAUUUAAAGUAACUGCGUAUGAAUAGGGUUUGUUCAGAUAUUCCCAUGGCCUUUAUGCUUCUUGACACAUGAAUUUGUCGUGACGCGUCCUGUAUGUUAUUUUUCUUCAUCCGUUUUUAAUGUUUUUAUCUUUUCUACUAGACUUCAUGGUCAUGCUUUUAAAAGAUUAGAUUUAUUAAUUAAAAUUUAUGUUUAAUUUUCUUGAUGAUAUAACUUUAUCCAGGGUAAGAUGCUUUUCUUUUGUCCAUUUGAAAAAUAACACUCGCAUGUUUCUAUUUAAAUACUAAGCUGUACAAAUGUACAUAAUGAGUCUCUUUUAGGGUAAAUUUUUACAUCGGUUUAACAUUUGUAUUAAUUGUAAAUAGAAUGUGAAUAUAUUAUAUGCACAUUUUCAUUACUGUAAGUCCCCACCACCAUUUUUUUUUUUUUGAAGUCAUUGACACUUUCAACAGAACACUGUAUGUUUGUAAUGUCAGAACAUUUGUUUUCUUCGCAAGCUGUCAUCAUUGUACUGAUUUUGUUUUUUGUGCUAUGUGAACAAUGUUUCAUUCAGCUGAUCGUGUUUUGUUGAAAUGGGAUGACUGUGUUGAAGAUCUUCCCAAUACAACUUAAAAAAAAAAAAAACUUAAUUCGUGAGACCUUCCGAGAGAGGCGUUUCAUUACGCUGAGCAGGUCUAGAUAUCAACGUAGUACUCAUUUUAUAAUGAUUUCAAAACAAUCAUUGGCAAAGACAGUAUAGUUCUGAUCAAUCUAGUUUUCAAAGUAUUGAGAGGAGAUUGACAAAAGAAAUCUACGUAUAUAUAUUCGUAUUAUGGAUGCAAUAUGAGCUAUGAUUUAAAGGUACUCUUAUGAGCCUCGAUUAUCCAAACUUGUAAUAACUUGUAAUUUAAACACUUUUUGUGAAGUGAGUAUUACUAAAGGAUUUUCUGAGUCUGUUGAACCAUCUUUGUAUUUUGCUGUAUCGAGAAUAAAAUGUAUAUGAUUACGA